AACACGAUCAUUUUGACCCAGACUAACCGUUGCCGUCUGGAAAGUGAGAAAUGCCUCCAUCCCGUCCGUAACUUCAAAGUUCCAAAUCCCUAAUUUGCUAUCCAAUUUCAAACCCUAAUCUCACUCAAAGCUCAAGCCGUUCCCUAAUCCCAACAAUACCCCAAUCCCACUCCCCAGCCAGCUACUGUCAAGGGUUAAGCACUCUUUCUCUCUUCAGGGUGACAUUCUUUGGAGAUGGAAAGUGGUGGAGAGACGGUGACUCAAGUGGAGCAGUGGUCUGUUGAGGAUCGGGUGUUCCGGAUAUACAAUCUGUUCGCUAAUAUUCCUCCUGUAGCCCAAACCACCAUGUUGGAGCUUCAACGUGACGAGCACAUUAUAUACCUUAAUGAAGGUCUCAAGCAACUCGGUCCCUCCUUUGUAGCUCUGGAUUCCAGUCGACCUUGGCUUUGCUACUGGAUCAUACAUUCCAUGGCUUUGCUGGGGGAGUCUCUUGAUUACCAACUCGAAAAUAAUGCCAUUGACUUUCUUAACCGUUGCCAGGACCCAAAUGGUGGAUUUGGUGGCGGACCUGGACAGAUGCCACAUCUCGCAACAACAUAUGCUGCAGUGAAUUCAAUUGUUACUUUAGGAGGACAGAAAGCCCUGUCUUCAAUUAAUAGGUGGUCACUUUUUUUCUGCUGUUCUUUUAAGAAUUCACCUUUCCUCACUACACUGCAACUUCAGUUUUGGGAAUUGAUUCAACUUCUUUUUAAUCUUUCUUCUAGAGACAAAUUAUACAACUUUUUAUUGCGAAUGAAAGAUCCAAGCGGGGCCUUCAGGAUGCAUGAUGCUGGUGAAAUUGAUGUACGAGCAUGCUAUACCGCCAUUUCAGUUGCUAGUAUUCUCAACAUUCUGGAUGAUGAGCUCGUUAGGGGUGUUGGUAAUUUCAUCUUAAGCUGUCAGACAUAUGAAGGUGGUAUUGCAGGAGAACCUGGUUCUGAAGCUCAUGGUGGGUAUACUUUUUGUGGAUUGGCUACCAUGAUUUUGAUCAAUGAGGUUAACCAUUUGGACUUGGCUGGUUUAAUUGAUUGGGUCGUCUUUCGACAAGGAGUGGAGUGUGGAUUUCAGGGGAGAGCAAACAAAUUGGUUGAUGGUUGCUACUCUUUUUGGCAGGGAGGCGUGCUUGCAUUAUUACAAAGAAUAGAUUUGGUUACUGGUGAUCGUCUAUCACUAUUUGAUUCUGGAGAAGAGGACAGCACUGGAAAUAGUACUUCUGAAGGAGAAGAUACUGAUGGAAUUUCAUCUGCGGCUGAGGAGACUUGCCAUUUUAAGAAUGGAGAGCAGCAGGAUACUUCUUGUUCAGUGAACGACACCAGUUCCAGUCAUACUCGAUCUUUGGGAAAUGUAGAACUGGAACCUCUUUUUCACAGCUUGGCAUUACAGCAGUACAUACUUCUAUGCUCACAGUUAGAGAAUGGUGGAUUCAGAGACAAACCAGGGAAGCCCCGAGACUUUUAUCACACAUGUUAUUGUCUAAGUGGCCUCUCUGUAUGCCAGCAUAGCUGCUCCAAGGAUUACGAUUCUCCAUCCUUGCCCGGGCAGGUGUUGGGUCCCUAUUCAAAUCUCUUGGAACCCGUCCAUCCACUCUACAACGUCGUCUUGAAACAGUACAGGGAGGUUCGUGAAUUCUUUUCUAGGUCUUGAGCAAAGUUGAAUUGAGAUGUAUGAUCUGUAUUUUGAUAGUAUUCUAGAAAUUUUAUCUAUGGCAUGACUAUAAAAGAGAUUCAUUUUGCUGUUUGAACGCCUUACUCCAAACUUUUCAAUUGAAGGGUAUGUACCAUCAAUAUUUAAUCAAUCAAGUAUCUUAGGUUAUUGUAA